AUGGUUUGUCCGCAUAUGGAUCAGGUCGUUUCAAAUCAGAAGCUUGGAGAUGCAGUUCUGAAAGAGUGUGAGAAUGUGCGAUAUCUGAUUCGACAUGCCGAUUAUAAGAGUAAAACUCUUGGGACUAUGAGGUGUGCCGAUUGUGGGGAAGUGAACUGUGGAUCGACUUUUAUUUGCUUGCAAUGCGGAUUUUGCGGGUGCUGGAACAACAACCACUUCUUGGAACAUUCACAAAAGGUAGGGCAUAUUUUUGGUGUGAAUUCCAGCAAUGGACUUGUUUUUUGUUUCCGGUGUGGCGAUUAUAUGGCAGACUUGGUUACUGAGAUUCCUGCUAGUCAUUGGGACUCCGUAAUGAAGAGAACGGAACUCCCCGCUAGCAUACGUAGAGAUGGGUUACAAGGUUUGGUGAACCUUGGUUCGACAUGUUUUAUGAGUAGUAUAAUACAAACUAUCAUGCAUAAUCCAUAUAUUGUUCGGGAGCUUUUGUCUCAUAAGCAUUACAACAUUUGCCCACUUAAAUCAGGAUCGAAAUGCAUUUCAUGUGCGUUUGACGAAAUUGCUAGCGAUUUUUACGGUGGUGGGCCUGUUUCAGCAACAACAUCCAGCGUGAGCAAAGGUUUUGUGAAUCUUUUGUCUUCGUCGUGGUAUCUCAAUAAUCAUCUUGUGGGCUCCUCGCAACAGGACGCUCACGAGUAUUGGCAAUUCUUGCUGAAUCAAAUUCAUACGGACCACGUCCGGUUAUUCGGAUCAUCAAAGGCAUCGGAUUGCAAAUGCAUUUCUCACCGCAUCUUCCAAGGUUACCUAAAAAACACUUUGCAAUGUCCACAGUGCGGAUCGGCAAAAACUUCCAUAGACCCCAUUAUGGACCUGUCGUUGGAAAUUAAAAAUAACCUAACGCUAGAGGAUUGCUUGGAUCAUUUCCAAAGAGAGGAAACGUUAAAUGAUUUCCACUGGGAGUGUGAAACGUGCAAACAAAAUCAAGGCGUAAUAAAACAAUUGACAUUACACAAGGCACCUAUUGUCCUUGUGAUUCAAUUAAAAAGAUUUGAGCAUCUCUUAAAUGGACAAAGUGUAAAAUUAAAUGAUAGAGUACAGUUUCCAUUACAUCUAAACCUGAAACCUCAUCUUUUUAAAACAAAAGAUGACGAAAUCAUUCCUAACAUUGCAUAUGAUUUGAUAAGCGUUGUGUCACAUCAAGGGACUGUUGACCAAGGUCAUUAUACAACAGUUGCUUGUAAUGAUAAUGGUCAAUGGUUCAAAUUCAACGAUUCUGUUGUAACUUCAGUAACAGAAGAGCAAGUCUUAGAUCAGCAAGCUUAUUUAUUGUUCUAUUCUAUUCGAUGA